AUGACGCGAAAACGUGCCUUGAUGUUGAUGCAACAACAAAUACAACAUUCGGCGACAACCGAAUCGUCACCAUCACCAACUCAUCCCGACAUGGGUCAUAAUGUGCCGAUCUACGGGAAUGUCGGCGUUCACAACUUGCCGUUAACCUCAAUGCCAACUCCUGGUGCAUCCGAUGCCGAAAGGGACAGCCCUCCAAGCAAACGAACGCGGGUCGACGUGCAAGGAGAAAUCAUAUGGAUUGACGGUAUUGUUGAUGAACUUCAGGAGACGGUCUUUGAGGAACGUGCGCAAGUUAGCGAAAAAGAGAAAUCACGUCAACGUGGUAACUUUUGUCAAAAAAUUGGGUGGGAGAAGGAGAGAAACGGGUUUUGGAUCAGGUGGGAGAUAAAGAAAGAAUCACUCGACCUCCCAAAGUCAUUGUCUGCACCAAACCAUUGGCCACGUGAUUAA